ACUAUCUGUAAAGGAGCAAUGUUGAAAUUCGUGGUAGUCUUGUCUUUUGUGGCUUGUGCCUUGGCUGGCCCCAUACCCGAAGGUAUGGUCAGCCUUAGCGACGAUUUGAGUGGACGUAUUGUAGGCGGUACACCAACCACCAUCAGUUCAUUCCCAUGGCAGGUAUCGCUCCAACGUUCCGGUUCCCACUCAUGCGGUGGCUCCAUCUAUAGCAGCAACAUUAUUGUGACCGCCGCUCAUUGCUUGCAAUCGGUUAGCGCUUCGGUUUUGAGAAUCCGUGCCGGUUCUAGCUACUGGAACUCUGGUGGUGUUACCAUCUCGGUCUCUGCUUUCAAAAAUCACGAAGGCUACUCCUCAUCAACUUACUCCAACGAUAUUGCGAUCAUCAAGCUAGCCUCAUCUCUGUCCUUCAGCUCUACCACUAAAUCAAUUGGCUUGGCUACCAGCACACCCGCAACUGGCGCCUCCGCAGCAGUAUCUGGUUGGGGUACACUGACAUCUGGAUCCAGCAGCAUUCCCAGUCAAUUGCAAUACGUCAACGUAGACAUCAUCGAUCGUAGCAAAUGUGCUUCCAGCACAUACAAAUAUGGUUCUUCCAUCAAAUCCGGCAUGGUCUGUGCUGCUUCCAGCGGUAAGGAUGCCUGCCAAGGCGAUUCCGGUGGCCCAUUGGUAUCCGGUGGUGAACUUGUUGGUGUUGUUUCAUGGGGUUACGGUUGUGCUGUUGCUAACUAUCCCGGUGUUUAUACCGAUGUCCCCUCUUACCGCUCCUGGAUUGUUGAGAAAGCAAACUCCAUCUAAGGUACUCGAUAUUAUGGAAAUAAAAAUAAUAAAUCUUGCGAUUUGAAAAUAUAAA